ACAGGACACCUAGCCCAGGGCAUAGGCGCACACAGGAUUUGCUUGGAGUCUGCAUGUUUCGUUAGUUGGAAUGCAUCCUUGAACUUGUCAGUGUGAAGGCACCCUUCCUAGAGUAAAAUUAUCUCCACCUCUUAUUCCUUUGUUUUAGUUCGUUUAAAACUGUUCUGUAUUAGACUGAGUACAUUUCUGUGUUUAAAUGAUGCAAAUUGGAUAUCCGUAAGCAACCCUUUGCCAAAAAAAAAAAAGGAAAAAAAAAACAGUAGCUAGCAGAAGCUGCCUGGAUUUACUGGGAAAACAUGGUGGAACUUAUCACUGCAUUUCUGGUGUAAUGGGGACAGAACAGCUUAAAUGUAGAACCCUUGCUAAAGUUCUUUAAUGGGGAGUUGAGAGACAAUUAAGUACGGAGACCUCCAGGCCACUGUUUUCUUAAUGUGAUUUUUUAUUUUUAAUUAUCCAAGUCCCUGUUCUUUCUUUCUCUGACUGAGGAGACUACAAAGAGUUGUGUACUCUCCCUUAUUAACGGUCUCUUCUCUGAUAGAUUACCGUAGACUGUCCUGUUCUGUGGUUUACAACUAGCUGAUCAGCUUUUCAGUCUGGAUUUCUUUAUCAGGAUCCUGCCUACAAGUAUGAGGUUGAAGAGGAAUGGGUCAUACACACUGACUCGGAAGUCCAAAACAAAGCCAAAUGGCAAAAAGCCACCUACGGAAGAGAAAAAAAUGUAUCUUGAACCUGAGUACACAAAAGCAAGAGUUACAGAUUUUGACUUCAAGGACCUGGUAACCUUGCCGCCAGAAAUUGACCUUAAUGAGUGGCUAGCAAGCAACACAACAACAUUCUUCAACCAUAUAAACUUGCAGUAUAGCACAGUAUCAGAAUUCUGUACUGCAGAAACAUGUCAGGCUAUGACAGCCCCAUGUAGCACGCAAUACUACUGGUAUGAUGAGAGGGGGAAGAAGAUGAAAUGCACAGCUCCGCAGUAUGUUGAUUAUGUUAUGAGUUCCGUACAGAAACUGGUGACAGACGAGGAGGUGUUUCCCACUAAGUAUGGCAAAUCGUUUCCCAAUUCGUUUGAGUCACUGGUGAAAAGAGUCUGUAAGCACCUGUUCCACGUGCUAGCACAUUUAUAUUGUGCUCAUUUUAAGGAGACUGUUGCACUGGAGUUGCACGGACAUCUAAAUACUCUGUAUAUACAUUUUAUCUUAUUCGUAAGGGAGUUUAAUUUGAUAGAUCCUAAGGACACCUCGAUUAUGGAUGACUUAACGGAGGUUCUUUGUAGCAGCAGUGCAGGAGCACAAAACCACGUUAAAGAGAGAUGAACUUCUGGAAGAGUAGAAAGAGAGAGCAUUGGGGGAAGGAACAAGACAUUCGAGUUCAUGCACCCAGUGGGGGAAAAGGAUGCUGCAAUAAUAAAUGAACUGAAAAGACUGUAUGUGAGAUGUAUGCAGUGUGAAAUAAAAAUAGUUUUCGCAUGGCUGCAGACUGUGUUAGGAAAAUGACCAGAUUUGAGGUGGAACAAUGAUUUCUUCAGCUUGCUCUCUCUCUAGGAUGGUGGUACUGCUGGUUUUUAAUGUAUUAUCAUACUGAGAUAUAAAAGGAGUGUCUUUUACUUUGAAGUGGCUUGCUUACAGGCACACUUUCUUUUAAAUAUUGUUUUAGUUACCCCUACAGUCUUCUCCUCCCUAGUCAGGGAGUAGAACGGCUGAGUACUAAGUAAACUUGAACCAGUAGAUGUGGUGUGUCCACAUGCAGUCCAAGGGUUAUUCAGUCUUUCAUCCUUUGGAUCUUGCUGAGCAAGUCUGUUUUAGUGUGGAUGAAAAUAGUUCCUGUAGCUGGGAGAGUGUAAGAGGUGAACCUAAGCUCCCAGUGUAAGGUUUAGUCAUCUAAUGACACCCUGAAUAAAAACACAGAUCACUGUUACUGACGGAACCACCCUGAGUUGUCUGAUCUUUAAUGGUGCUGCAAAUAUUUCUGGUGAAAUGAAUGAAUGUAUGACAAUGACUUUGCUGUCUGCAGGUUCCUAAACACAUGCUUUAUUUAAGAAACAGUAGAUUCAGAAUUUAAAAAAAGUAACUUAAAAGCACAUUUUUUUUUUUUUUACUAAACUGGUUUGUUGGAUUUUUUUUUAGCAAUGGUCUUAAGUGGUUGUAGUAAGAAUUAGCUUGAUCCAGUCAGUACUUGUCUGAUGAUUCAGGUACGACUAGUGCUCCGAGGGAAAGAUCUGACCAUGAAGCAAGUCUUCGAAAGCAGUGUCGCUUCACCCAAGACCUUAAAUUUGGCAAUAGUUAACACUACUCAGAAGGCAGACAUGUUGCUUUCCCAGAAACAUGUACUGAGGACUUUUUAUUUAGCAGUGUGCUUAAAAAUGUUUUAAGAGCUCUAUCACAUUGCUGUCUUUCAGGUAGCCACAAAGUCCGAGUACAUCUGUUUUAGUUUGGUCCAUUGGAUCCAGAUAUGACAAUGAUGUAAUGUUCAGCAUUUUCCCAUUUUUAUAUUUAGUAAUGAUACAUUACUUGACUGCAGUUUGCUGACUUGCAAAAGGUCAGUGCCCAGGUUUGUGUCUUGUCAUACAUAUUCUUUAUUCACCUUCCAGUACCUGAUUAAAUAGAAAGUCUGUAUGCAAAAGGCUCAAUGCUAGUAAAAAAAAAACACUUCAGAGUGUUGCAGAAGCCACACUGUCAUUUGUAGAUACCAUUACAGAUUAACUUGAGUGUGUUGUGCUCAAGUUUGAUACAAGAUGUGUUAUGGAAACUUUUGCAGUUCCAGCAACUUUCAUAGCCUUUUAAGUUAGUUCCAUCCCACCCUUCCUUAUUAUUUUUUUCCUUUGUUUUUAUUUCAGUUUUACUUUUGGUGCUUACCCAAAUAAGAGUGUACACUGUAAGCUUUAUAUAAAUUUGGGAUCUGAUAAGAAGCCAUCCAUCUUUGUAACCAUUACACGUUUGGACUGUUCGGCAGAUAAAACUUUCAUAGCCUGGCAGGCACCAACCUUCUUUCCAUCAUGUACAACUCAUUCGUCACUGUCUGGUUCAUCUUUCUCUUGCUUCAUAUUUACUCAGAGGGAAAUGGACUGAGGCUUUUUUUUGGGGGGGGGGGGGCAGCUGUUAUGAGUGAGACUUCAGUGCAAGUGUUUCAACCUUUCUUAACAUCCCUGUUAUUCUUUGUUAUAAGUUGACAGUUUUCUGUCAGAUUUCUGUUUACUUUUUCCUCAUAGCUGAGUCUACACCCUCAUUCUUCCAGUGUCUUUCCCGUUGUUCAAAAUGUUUGUGUGGUGCAGCUUUUCUACCCACUGACUGGCACAGACUGUGUGUAUACUGCCUUGAAGGGUUACAUGGUUCAUCUUUAAUGAGUGUAUCUGGUCAAGCCGUCUCUGCAUUUCAGGCUGAAUGACAGCCCAUUUAACCUUCAAGUUAGCCUUUCUGGAAAAUGGUAACACUAUUCAUUCAAGAAGUUUAGGAGAAGUUCAUGAAAAUGUGGGAUCUCACCAAAUUGAGCCUUCAUUUUUAACCAGUGGUUGUCUGUUUUUUCCUCCUUGGAUGAAGUCUUGCUGUGGGUCAUGCUCCUAAAAAUCCUUUUUGUUAUUUUAUCAUAACCUGCUUUUCCUGUGACCGCCAAUAUUCAAGCUACUACUGUACCAUCGGGGUCUAUUAACUUUCACUUGUCCUUAUUUUCAUAGGUUGACAGAUUGGUAGAAUUUGUUUUUCAAAGCUAAACAGUUAAAAUCAUUUCCCCUGUCCCCAAUGUUUCAGGGCACUAGGGCAUGUUUUACAGUUUCCUCCACAAGUUGAUUUUUGCAAGUUCCAGUAAUCAUAAUCGGCUCUGGUUCCUGUCCAGGCAUUUCUAACAUUUUCCCCUUCCAACAUCAGUCCCACUGAUGCUCCAGUGUCACUAUUUUUAAUACCCCACUGUAUGGCAUUGAUUCUGUGCAGAUGCAGUUUUUACACCAGCAUUCGUGGUUCAAUAGUGUCAAUGUUGGUCCCUCUGGCUUUAUUGUAAGCAUAGGGGUGUCAUUCAUAGGGAACGUGGGUACCAUUUUACUCAGUUCCCCUGACAGCAAGUUUUCCACUGUCUGGUCUUCCCAGUCCCACAACACCUACAGACCAUUAUGAGAUCUUUCAUUAAAAAACACUCCUCAAUGGCAGGCUCAGCAGCCCACUGUCCUGUUUAAACCCAGGACAAUUACAAGGUCCUCCAAGACGUAAAAGGAUUGUGGGCUCUUAUGACUUUUAAUCACCCAAGAAAAGGACUUUAAAAGCUCUAGCCAGGCUAAGGCAUUUGGAACAUUCUUUUAUCCUUUUAGGAGAGGACCAGCUUCCCCCUUCUGCCAUUGAAGAUUUUGAGAAUGCUUGUGCAUGAUGCAGUACAGGUACAGGGGACUGGCCCUUUACCCUGUUAUUCACCCCAAGGGAAAUUAAAAACAGUAUGCUGUUCUCCCCCUAGUGGAAAGUUUUUGAAAUAUAUUGUCCUUGUCCGAAGAGCUUGAUUUUUGUCGGACAUUUAUGUAGUGGUCCUCCAUGAGGCUGUGACAACCCAGAGCCAGAUGUCCAUCUGCAAAGCAAGCGUUCAGAGCACUGGGAACAGUGGACCAAUUUAAAAAUUGUGCAUUUGCUUCCAACUCCUUAUCCAUGUGAGCAUUGUACUAUUUUACCGUACUUAAUGUAUCUCCAGAGAGACUUUGCAGAUGAAAUGCAACAAUGUUGUGGAGGAAUUGCUGGGGGAUUCAUUGAGGAUGAGAUUCGGACGUACGUGUCUACUCUAUCCUGUGCAUCCUUGUGUUCCAUAUGGGUUUACAACAUGAUAGAAGGUGUGGCUAGAGUAGCAGGGCCCACCAUUGCCAUAGGCAGGCACUCCUGGCUGUGAUUAACUCUAUUUGCCAAUAACACCAAGGUGACAUUUCUGGAUACUUCUUGUAAGGAAACUCCAUAUGUUUGAACUUGAAGUUUCAGAGUGUCUUGAAAGUAUGACUGAGGAAACCUUGACCACCUUUUCUCUAAGAAUGAAAUUUCACUCUCCAUAAUGUGUCUUUGCUAAAGAACAGCACAAAAUGUGGUUUUAGUACAGUCUUAGUGUUUUUUUCUUGAUUCUUCCCUCGCAGUAUCAGAGCAGAGAUUCUAUAGCUCUGCAGAGACCAAACUGCAGAGACCAAAUGGACUUUUUUUUUUAUUAUUUACAUUUCUUUUAAUGAUGAGAUUCCAAGGUUAUUCUGACAGUUUAAUUCUGGCACAAACAAACCUGUUUCCCUCUUUUGGGUCCCAUCUUCAGAUACCCAUUCAGCUAAUAUGAUCAGGGAAGUGUAACGUGUCUCCUUCAGACAAACCACAGCCAGACCUUCACUUUCUAAGGUUAGCAUUUUGACUUCCUUAGUUCUAGUGGUAGAGAUCCAGGUUCUUCCCAGAGAGUAGUUGCUGUCAUUUCUCUCUCUGAAAAUUUUUAUCCAGAAAAUUUGCUGUGAUGAAUUUAUCUGUCUCUUAAUUUUUGCCUUUCAAAGAUCUUUGACACCAGACUGCAUUACCCCUCCAUGUUCAUUUGGUGGCUAUUUCAGACUUUUAUUGUGGUCUGGAUUCUUCAAAGGUUUCUAAUGUUUUGAGAGCUACUUUCAUUUUCAGACUUCUGGACAGAGAGGCUUUCCCUCAUUAAGACGUUUAUUUUAUACUUGAGAAAUUUACUCUAAUGCUCUUUCUUCCUGCCAUCUCUGUGAACUUGAAGGACCUUUCAAACAAGACCCUUUCUUACAUAAGCUAAGAGACCUUGAGUCACAGCCUCUCUUACCAAGCACCUUAUUUUUCUACAACAAAAAGGGUGGCAUUUAGGAGUAACUGCAGUCCAUUCAUUUACAUGUGUUUUCUUCAGCCUCUGGUAAUAUAGCCUUCAUUGUAUGGACAUCCACAGGCAUGGUAAACUGUGUGGUUCAAACUAGGCCAUCAUAUUGUACAGCUAGGUGGUCAUUUGCUUUACUAAAUCAGAACUAGACAAAUUCUCUAAGCAUACCCUUUCCAAACAUUUAAAUAAUUGCUUCAAGUACUGUUGCAAGAAACAUGAAGAAUUCCAGCAACUCAAGGGCUUAUUCCAUUAGAGAAAUUGCUACUUCCAUUUUUUUCUAGAGUAGAUGACGUGCAACUGUAGAGGGACCUUUCCUAAAAACUUUUGUCAGGCACUAUAAACCAGACAAUAUCUCCAGGUAUUCUUUUGGGGCUGUUGUCACCCCCUACAUAUUUCCAUAAAGGUGGCCACUGUUGAAGUUUAAUUAUGGGCUGUGUCCUAAUGGUUUGUUUCGCUCUUGUGGGUUUGUUAUAGAAAAUUACCUUUUGUCUGAUAAGGGAAAUGCCAUCUGUUUGCAUACUAUGCCUCCAUCUUACAUCUCUAUUCCAUGGUGCUUUCCUUUUUUCCUUCUCCUUUGCCUUUUUUUCCUCUUAUCACAGAGUUGCUUACUAAAGGGGGAGGGAGAGUUAGAGAUGUUCAGUACAUUGUAGGAAGGGAAGGGUGCCUGGUAAGCAGGGAAUGUUUAUCUGCUGACCUGUCCUGAUGUUCAGUAGUUGCUGGCGAUGGACUUUCUUACUGCGAAUCUGUCAUUAUGGUAAGUACAUGACUUUUAUUUAACAUGGUGGUAGCAAGUGACAGCAUGCUACUGGCAUUUGUAUCUAGUAGAACAUUUUGCAAACUCUCUUCUUGGACCCUUAGCAUCACGUUUAGAGGGUACUUGUUCACACACUCAGACAUUGCUGUAACGUUGUAGAUACAGGAGCAAAAUUGUGCUACUAGCUACAAAAAUUAUAUAAGGCAUUGAAAAAAAUUGAAAUUGAAUGUGUUGGUUUAGUAGCUUGAGUUCAUGAGCUGAAACUGCCAUCUGCUUUUUUGGGGGGGGAGACAGAAACAGAGGGGACAGCAGCAGAGUCUUUGUUUUGGUGUUUAUUAAAUUUUUAUUUAGAAAUGUAGAUUUAUUUUGCUGUUUAGGUCUCCCUUUUGUUGCAGAAACACAUUGCACUAGGUUACCUUCAACUGUAGUUUCUCUUUUCUGCAAAUGUGUUUAGCUUUUUUUGGCUGUAUUAACAUAAAACAUAAAUAAAACAAAGGGACAUAGAACCAGGAA